AUGGAGUCCGCCAUCCGCUGGUCCCCGACCUCGUCGGCCACUGAACAACGCUUCCUCUCAGUCGACGUCACGGGAAAGUCGUUUCGUCUAUGCAGGGUUACUGGUUUUGAUGGCAGGAACCUACGCCAUGAAGUCCUAUCUACUCUCACCAAUAUUCCUGGGUUUCGCGCGUACGAUUGGUCUACGUCCAAUGAGAACUUGAUCGCUGUUGGGCAGUCCUCUGGAGAGGUCACCAUCCUACGCCUUGAUGGCGAUUCCAAGGAGUCUCUUUCAUUCCCAGUCCGCAACCAACGCUAUUGCAAUGCAGUCGCAUUCAGUGCGCAUGGACUCGUUGCAUCGGGCCUAGAUCGCGUUCGAAACGACUUUUGUUUAAACAUCUGGGAUGUCAAUCAACGCCUCAGUCCUGCUGGUGGGAGUAGAGGUUUCACUGAGCCUUUGAGAAAGCUAGCUAGCUCUGAGCCUAUCACCAGUAUCAAGUUCUUCAGGGAUCAGCCUGAUACCCUUGUGACUGGUGUCAAAGGUCAAUUUGUUCGAAUUUACGAUCUUAGAGAGGGACCUGGUAAUCCAUCAUUACAGUUCCCCACUCGGUGUGUGCAUAAUCUGGCCAUUGACUGGCUUGAUGAGAAUUACAUUGCAUCUUGCGCCGCGUCAAAUGAAAGUACCAUCUGCGUGUGGGAUCGUCGCGUUGGAACUCGACUGACAUCACCUUCCAUCGGUUCUUCUGCCAGUACUACAGAAACGGGUCAAGCAGCAGCUGCGCUGGAGUUGAAAAAUGUUUUCCAUCCAAAAGCUUCUAUUUGGAGCUUGCGCUUUUCCAAGACUAACCGAGGCAGCCUCGCUGCGUUGUCUAACAAUGGUCACUUCAAGCAUUAUGACAUUGCCAAGGACUAUCUGCUGGAGGAGUAUCGUUCUUCGAUAGAUGAGACUCUUGGCCAGGGAUCUUCUAGGAAUUACCCAGAAUCGAUCUACACCAAGCAUGUGCGGGACGUGUGUGUACCCUUCGAUCAUCCCACGCGGGGCUGCAAAGAGAAGGACCGGAUCGUCUCAUUUGAUCUCAUCAAUCUUAGUCUAUCCCCUCAGCCAAGCGCUAUUACCCUGGACGGGAACGGAACCCCCCGAAUCAUCACUACACAGCCACCAGGUGCUCCGGUUGAUCUCUCUUCACAAAGUGUGCUGGCAUGUGGCAUCUCAUCAACUGACUCAAAUGUGAGGUCAAUUCACCCUCUCUCUGAGCACAUUUCUCCCAUUUCAGAUUUGAUUGGGAACAUCAGAUCGCGCGUCUGCUCGAGCUCUCGCGAACAUGGCGCAAACUCAAAUGGUCAGCUGUUUGUUUCAAAAGAUCUCAGUUCUGAUCCCGUCUCGAGUUACCAAGUUCGGGAACGCGUCAUGGCCUUAGGAACGAUGGGCGUUCCUCUCACUGCGAAAGAGGCACUCACUCUGUGUACAGUUAAUCAGUCUCGGUGCAGAGAGGGUUAUCUAUUCGAUGAGGCUCGAAACCGAAAGGUGGUGUCUGAUGAUCAAGCUUUGCAGGAUUUCUGGAGCUGGGUCGAACGCGCACGGGCAGACUCCUCUGGGACGGCAAUGGUUGUCAAUGGCCUGGACCUGAAUUAUCUAGGCGUGGCUAACCUUUGGAACAACGACCUAGGCCGUGGCUUGGAGCAACGCCGUAUUAACGCCAAGAGCGAUGACGCCAAAUCGGUUGCAGAGGCAGUGGCAACUUUAACAGAGCAAUUAGACCUCCCCGAGACAAAAGGAUGCGAUACUGCUUUCCCGAGUCAUCGCCGUAUCUGCCUUCGUCUUUGUGGUGCAGCACAGUCCUACCGUGAGCUGGAGGAAACAGUGAAAGCUCUGUCUGACAAGAACCAGCAUACUAAGGCUGCUGCGCUCGCUGUCUUCCAAGACGAGCCCAAGCUGGCUUACCUUGGGCUUAGAAGCAAUAAGCCUACUCAGGCCCACAAGCUGCUAGCGAUGGCGAUCGCCGGUGCCUCCAAAGGAGACAAUGAUACAGAUUGGGAGGAGACUUGCGCUGAGAUCGCCAAGGAGCUCACUGAUCCUUAUUCCCGGGCAAUUCUAGCUCUUGUGAGCAAAGGUGACUGGAACGCAGUAAUCAGCGAAAUAACGCUGCCUCUGAGAUACCGUGUGGAGGUUGCGCUUCGUUGGCUACCGGAUGAUGAGCUCACCGGCUAUUUGAAGGAUGCGACUGUCGAAGCGAUCCGGCAAGGUGACAUUGAAGGAGUGGUGCUCACGGGCUUGGGGCACUUAGCCAUGGACCUCUUCCAAUCAUAUAUUGGAAAAUUUAAUGAUGUCCAAACUCCAGUUCUGGCGAUGAGCCACACUGUGCCGCGGCUUGUCAACAACCAAAAGCAAAUUGUCCAGUUUGAAGCCUGGCGCGAGACCUACCGCCGUCAAAUGAACUCAUGGAAGCUGCAGCUUGAAAGGGCCCGGUUCGACGUGGGCUCCCGCCGUUUCGCUGUGACGGCUGACGGCCGCAAACUCGCACCAACGCCACCGCAGCAAGUCAGUCUUACUUGCAACUACUGUACGAACCCGCUCACCCAGCAUGACGCUUCCUCUCAGGUGUCAUCGUCCAUCAAGGGCGUUGAAACAGUCCAUUCCACCACCGGCAACCCAUUGGCCUCUGCGACCAUGUCUGGGACUGUGUGUCCGCGCUGUGGGCGACACAUGCCACGGUGUGGAGUCUGUACUUUGUGGUUGGGUGCACCAGACCCGAUGUCACGCGCGAGUAUUGCCGCCGACGCGGAGGCCUCUCGCAAGCCCUCGGAGGCUGAUUUAAUGCGACGCUUCGUCGUUUUCUGCAUUCAUUGCAAUCAUGGAUUCCAUGCGAAUCAUGCAAGCGAUUGGUUUAAGCGACAUAAGGUCUGUCCUGUUGCAGAGUGCAACUGUAUCUGUGAUCGAUGA